AUGGCGCCGGAAACUCAAGGAGACGCUUUUCCUGUCUUCGAGGGUUAUGAGAUACUCGCCCGACUAAAAUCAGUUAUUAAGAAGGUAGGAUCGUUUUUGUACUGGGCGGGUUGGCGACUGAAGGAUGACGAGGCGUAUCAUGUACUCGAGCUUUGCUCUGGCGGGAACUUGGAAAACUAUCUGUCCCAGACACAGCACGCUCUCGCUACACAUCAAUUUCGACUGCUUCUGCAAGGCACUGCAAACGCGCUCGUGUACCUCCAGGGACAAGGUAUUCUGCAUCGAAACAUUCAACCAAGCUCAAUAUAUGUGGCCGAAGAUGACAGAUUUCGUUAUACCUAUGCUGCUGACGUUUGGUCACUUGGUCGAGUUUUGUUGUUUGCAUCGUCUAGGCAGGUCCAUUCAAAGGAAGCGGCCUUGUGCACCGUAAACUCGGAUUGGUCGGACCUUUUGGAAACCGUGGAGGCUCCAUCUCUCAUCUCUGGUAUGCUGAAAGAGAUUCAGGAGUACAGUUGGUCUUGGAAAGUCAUGGGAAUCUUGGAUCGUAGCUUGGAGUCAGCCUUGGACCAGUCGAAGCCUGCGCUGAACUGUGAUUCCCAGCUCGAGAAACUUCUCGGCUCUGUUAAUGAUGCCUUUCUGUGUGAUGAAACUGGCGACGAUCCAUUGGCAUCAAGCGGGGAACUCAACUUCUCUUUUUCCACGGGUGACUCCUGUGAAUCUUCCUCCGACGAGUCAAUUGACGGCGCCCUUCAGGACUAUCCCCCUUCACAAAACGACCUCCAUAUUUCUCUACAGAAUAAUGGACAGUCAGCGGGCGAGCUGCUGCUCUGGUCACCCGAUUUCGUCCCGUCGAUUCUCACCCCCAAAAUAUAUCCUUUUUCGGCGGGCACAAUACAGAUCCUCCAAUCAAGGUACCUUCUCAUAGAAGGGCGCUCGGGUCAUCAUCGACCCCUUCUCGUUGAUCCAACCGGCACCUUCGUGAAAGUUCUGGAUCUAGAUUAUUCUCCGGCGGACAUAGACAAUCACGACCUCGAAAUUGAGCGCACAGCCGCGAAUACAAUCUCCAACCUUCCGGGAGUUCUUGUGGCACAGUACGAAGCAGCCAGGACGUAUCUGGAAGAACUAAAAAGUCGAACACCAAUGCUCAUUAUGCACGUCGUCGAGGGCAAAUGCAUGCUCAUGUGUAACUCACCGCUCCCGGAUGUGGAGAUUCUCGUUCGCUCUUCGACUUCUAGGGGCUCCGUGCGGAUGCUGCGCGUCCGGUUUCUGCGAAGGUCUGGUACUAUCGAAUUUGCCCAACGGGAGACAAGCGACUGCAGAGCCGAGUGGCAGAAAAAGGUUUGCUCCUGUCAGAAUGUCCUUCCUGUUGUGGGCCCAGACGAGGAGCAGGAUCUAGAUGACAUGGAACGACGAGCGCUCAAAUUGUUACGGGAUUUUAUUCGGGUUUGUGAUGUCGUGGAGAAGGGUUGCGUGAACCGAAACCAAUGA